AUGCAGGUCAAGAGGCAGAUGGAUCUUACCUUUCCUUACUGGUCCCUACGUCAUAGUGAAGUCUGGAUAAACUUCUAUACCUCUUUAUUUUUGGGUCAUGCAGAGGGUGAGAAGGUGGCUAACCGUAUCUUCCAGACAAUGUUGAAAGAUGACCUUCCAAUAACGAAGCUAUGCACUAUGUUAACAGAUGACCCUAAUGUCAAUAAAACCAUUGUUAAAAAGCUGGAAGGAGCGAUCAAAAAUGACAACCCAGAUUUUAGUGGUUUUAUUGACUUAGAAAGUUGUGUUCUUCAUAACGUCCAUAAUGCUUUUGCCAAGGGUUUAGAGGAAUAUGGGAAAGACAUUGAACAGCUUUGUGUGGACAUUCACUCCCUUUUCAAGUACAGUGCAGCGAGACGAGAAGACUAUCACUCUUUACAAUCUUAA